AUAAAAAGAACGAACGAAAGAAAGAAAGUAGUUUGUCUACGGCUCUGCAGACACAUAAUACUAUUGAUUUCUUAAACACAGUAGUGCAGUACCAAUACUAAUAAUGGGGGACGGUAAUGCGACACCAACUCGGUGAAAUUCGCCGAAGAAGAAAAAGACCUGGAAGUAAGCUUUGUUUUAGUUCGUGUCGGGGCGGGAAAGUGGAGUGAGGAAGUCAACAAACUGCCUGGUGAUAUGUCCUGACCAUGCCAUCCAAACAGGAAAAUGUAGUUCAACCUGCUUAUUCCCCAGUUCUGUUCAUGAAUGUGGAUGGUCAGCCAAUGUCUUUCUUCCUGCGACCGGGGCCCACCAAACGCAAGCUGCAACCGCUCAUCACAGCUGGAGGGGUUUUGAGCAAUGUCCAGCAGCCAGGAGUGAUCUUGCUGAUGGACCCUGAGGAAAGAAGCAGUAUUCCUGAAUCUACUUCUCAUUGGUAUGUGUCUAUCCAGUAUAUUCAUGACUGCAUUGAGAAGAAUGAACAGCUGGAUUUAGAGGAUUACAAGUUAAAUCCUGGAGUAGUCCAGAGAAGCUCUCCUAGACUUAACAGAAGCAAAGAAAGCUCACCUCGACUCUCAAGAGGCAGACUUCUCUACACCCCAGAAGAGGAUGCUGCUAUUUUGAGUCAUGUAAGUAAGCACAAGACAGAGGUUGGGGGGAACCGGCUUUGGCAACAGAUGGAGAAGCAGCGUGUCACCAGUCACAGCUGGCAGUCAAUGAAAUCUCAUUACAAAGUACUGGCUGAGAAACAGUCACAGGUUGUGAACUUGGAAACAACAGAAGACAACAAGGCAACAGAGGAAGAGACAGAGGUGGAAAACAACCAGGGGACAGAUGCUCCAAAACAUCCAUGUGAAGAAGAUGUUGUUCCUCCUCAGACACAUUCAGCAGAUUUAGACUUCGCACAGAUAGAUCUCCAGUCCUUGCUGGAUGAAUGCAAAGCAGAAAAUGCAGAUGCUGAGACAUCCAUCUCUGCUCAAGAAGAAGAGCAGCAAAUGAAUCAACAGACAGAUGAACCACCAGCUGAAGGCAUACAAACAGAAACUGUAGAAGCUGAAACAUCUAACCCACCCCAAAAUGAUUGGCUUUGUCCAGACGUCCAGACAGAUAUCCAGCUCAUUACAGCUGAGAACACUGAAAGAGAUGGACCUCAAACAACUGUCUCGCCACAGAAGCAGAGUUUGCUGGAGGAGUCUCAACCAAGUCAGCCUGAGUCGACACCUAAAACAACUUCUUCAAAAAAGCCAAAAGAGAAGCAGAAGACCUCCUCUAGUUUGGAACAACCACAGCGUCGAAUAACACGCCGGCAGCUUGAGCUUGAGAUGUCGUUAUCCCCUGAACCUUAUGCAAAAAAACUCAGAUCAUCAUUGAACUCUGCUGAGCAACCUACAUCAUCUCCACAGUGCACGAAGAAAACUAAAUCAGCAGUGAAGUCUGCUCUUCGGAAAGACACAACUCCAAACGAGCCGCCAUCAAAGAAAGCCAGAGGAGGGAGUGUGGAAGCAGCGGCAGAAAGUCAACCGGAGCAGAAUGGAGACGCUGCAGUCUCUGGAACAGCACCAGCAGAUGAAUCUGACUCAGUGCCUCAGAAAGCAGAGAAGAAAAAAGAGAAGAGAAAGUUGGGGAUUCUUGAACUGGCAACAAAAGAGUUUGAAGAUGAAAGUGAGUCGGAUGAAGCUCCAGAUCUCCCUCCUGAAACAGAAGCCACAUCGACAGAACCCAGCGUCCCCCCACCUCUAGACACAGCUGCAGAUCCUGCUUCACCACAGUCCAGCCCUGAACCUGCAUCCAGCCUCCAGGAGAACGUGCAAGAAGCUCACGCCUCCAGUAGCAACUUUGUAGCAGAGACAAGCUGCCCCAAACCUGCAGCCACUGAGCCUGCUGCUGUUUCUGAGGCUGUCAAUGCACAGUUUAAUGCCCACCUCUUCAUAUUUGACAGUGAAUCUCAGGAAGAAGACUCUCAGUCUAUUGUUGGUGAUCGUCCAGCAGCUGCGUCCAACCCUGAGCCAUUAGUGAACAAAGAUGCUGCGUUUUCUCUGACUCAGACCCAGUUAGAGGAGGACAAGCAGAGAAUCAGAGAGCUGAUGAACCAGACAGACCAGGACUUAGUCAGUGUAACCAAAGCCUUGUUGAAGACCAGUGGAGACUUCACAGCUGCACUGGACCUGCUUUUAAAUCCCUCCUCCAUUUCUGGACCAUUUUGGAAUCGCUGUGAUGACAAUCUUUUGCUGUCCACCGAUCCAGUUGUUCGCCAACAGCUGCAGGAGAAAUACGGUGAGGAGGAAGUGGCCAAAAGAAUCGUGUUUCUUGAGGUGGUUUGAUGAAACAAGUUAAGCUAGAGAUAAGGAGACAAGAUGGGACACAUGGAAUGUUCUCAUCCAUCAUGUCAACUUAAUCAUGGAAAAUGCAGUUUUAAAUUUUACAGGUUAACUAAUUUUAAAAUUGAAUUUACAUAGUAGAUAUUGUGCCAUGUAGAUUUUUGUUUGCAAAAUCUACAUGGCAAAAUCUUUUAAUGCAUUUCAAUAACAAAUGCUUUCAUUUUGUUAUUUAUGGUUUUUGCUGUUGUUUGUUUGUCUCCCUGAAAUUGCAUAACACAUUUUAAUGCCAUCUAAUAAACCAUAUAAUUUUAUGUUACUCUGUUUACUUUAUUCAAAGAUUAUACUGAAGAGAAUAAAAACGUAGUUCAGCCUUUCAGAAAAUAAGUAAUGUUCUAUACAGGCCAGUUUAAUUGAACAGUUAACAAAUGCUACUGCAUUUUUUGCAUUCUUUAAUGCAUUGUCGGUUGUUUCUGAGUGCACUCUGGACAAAACAUUUAAAUUCUUAUAGACUGUGACAAAUUUAAAUAAAGUCAUUUAACUGAAAA